AUGGCGGUCAACUAUGAUAAAGUUGGUUUCCAGCUAGGAGCCGCAGGGCUCGGGAUCGGCGCAUUCAGCGGUAUACUGGACAUCAUGUCUGCUUGCUCCAAGCUGUACAAGAUGUGGCGGUCGCUGCGCGAACUCGACGGACACCUGGGCCUGCUGCGCGCCAAGCUUGUUCUUCAACAUGCCCUCCUACAGCAAUGGGAGCGCGACUGGCUCUAUGCACCAGCCGAGAGUAGCGAACGUUCUGGCUUUCACCGCAGGCAGCGCUGGGUCAGACAACACGAGGUCGCCGUGGCGGAGACUCUGCAUGCUGUGAGAAGACUCCUGGAGUCUCUGGAACCGUUGCGGUUGACUUCCUCGGCGCAGAAUGGCAAAAAGGGGGCCGCGGCAGCCUUGGAGUCUCUCAACUGGGUCCACGAUAAGGCUGCCGAAAGCGAGAGGGCCCUUGGCCAGCUGGAUUCCCUCCUCGCGGGCCUGUAUCGGCUGCUGCCGCCCAUGACGCCCAACAGCGAAGCAUCCCAGGUCAUCCUGGCCGUGGAGGACCUCCAAGAUAGCCAGAUCGACGCUCGCGACGUGUCAUCAAAUAGAACAACGCAGAGCACCCUUGGCCUCCGUCAACUCGGAAAGCAACUGAACCUCGAACUUGAGAACCGCGUGCAACAAUUUUCGCACCGCCCAGUAACAUCCAGCCUGUCCAUCAAGACGUCACGCGUGCAGGUCGGAGCCCACGACGAGGUCUCGGCAGGAUUCCGCAACUUCGGCGUCCUCGACGGCGGCGAGCCGAUUCUCAUCGAGUGGAAACGGUACGACGCCAGCUGGAUGGGUCAGAAGGGCAUCGAGCUCCACGGCCGCAUCUCGAACAUUGCCCAGCUCCUGCACACGGACAUGAAACCCGACGAGCUCCUGACGCUGAAAUGCCUCGGCUUCUUCGACGACGUCGAGCGCAGCGCCUUCGGCUUCGUCUUCCGGCUGCCACUCGCCAGCGCGGCAGCACCCGCGCCAGCGCCAAACGGCAUGCCGAUGGUCUCGCUCAAAGCGCUGCUCGACCAGCCGACGCCGGAGAAUCUGCCGACGCUGGAGGAGCGGCACCAGGCGAGCUACGGCAUCGCGCUGUCGAUUUCCAUCCUUCAUGCCGUGUCGUGGCUGCACAAGAGCAUUCGGAGCCAGAACGUCCUGUUCCCCGUCGAUCGGAACGGGCGUCCGCGGUGGACGACCCCGUAUCUGGUGGGAUUCGACUUCUCGCGCCCGGAUGCCGUUGACGAGUCCUCGGAGAAGCCGGAGCAGAGCGCACGCUUUAAUGUCUACCGACACCCCUCGGCGCACGGCAGUCCCAAUGAGGGCUACCGACGUAGCUUUGACGUGUACAGCCUCGGCGUCGUGCUCUUAGAGAUUGGGCUCUGGCGACCUGCAUGGAAGCUGUACAAGGAUGGUAUGGCGGCUGAGGCGUUCCGCGACGUCUUGGUCGACAAAUCAAAGACAUGGCUCGGGCAUCUGAUGGGCACGGUCUAUCGAGAAGCGGCUGUGAAGUGUCUGACUGGCAGCUUUGAUGCGCACCAGGCGAAGAUGAGUGACGGUCGUGAUGACGAUCUCGGGCUGCAAACGUUAUACAUCGAGGUUGUCGAGGUGUUGGGUCGCCUACAGGAGGAUUGA